CAGUGUCGUGCGGGCAGGUAGAUUGAGCAGUCGCGCGCGCGGAACAUCUGCCGUCUGAGCAGAUAGUGCCCUUUUUGUGACCCUGUGUUUGUGGCGAAUCUGCCGCCCUGGGAAGUUUUCCUCAGCAACGACAAAAUUUUCCAUGGGUUUGUUUAAUCAAUGCCCACCGCACGCGACACUAUUUUCUGCUUCGCCACUUUUUUGUGUGUCUCUUGACCGUGUUUAAUCGAUUUUCACCAUCACAACAUUCACCUGUGCCUGUUGGAAAAGCUCAAUUUUUCCUCCGCCCCACAGAAGACAAACAUAGAAACGGCGCGCCGCGUGACAGAAAAUAGAAGAUGACCUAAUCCACACUCUUUCACCUCCUCCAGCAUAUUUGCAAAAGUGCGGUGUUACUCGAGUGAAAAGCUCACGUGAAAAUUUUGUGCCUGAGACGCAGUUUCGACGCCCAAAAAAACAUGGAUACGAUGCUCUAUGAGAGUGCAAUGCUGUAUGACAGCACAUUCGAGCGGGCAACGGCGAUGGACCUGGAGCCUUGUCCCUACUGCGGACGCACCUUCGUGCCGUCGACGCUGGAGAAGCACGUGAUAAUCUGCGAGAAGACGGCGACGAGGAAGCGAAAGCAAUUCGAUUCGUCGCAGCAGCGCCGCGAGGGCACAGAAUUGGCGACUUAUCUGCCGAAAAGCCUGACCAACGGAAGAGAAUCGCGAGUUUCACCACCAAAAACGAACACUCUGAGGCGCGGAUCACACGUGAGAUCGCCGUCCGUCGAGAGGCGUUCUUCCACGCAGUCACUUAACUCACUGGGCAGGGAGUCCGUGGGCGGCACGUCCAGGCGGCGCACAAUCGCGCCGCCGCAGGCGGACAAGUGUCCGCACUGCGAGCGGACGUUCGGGAUGCGCGCCUACGAUCGCCACGUGGAGUGGUGCGCGGAGAAGGCGAAGCUCUUGGACAAAUCCACAUCGCCGACCGUGAGUGCGGCCAAGGAGCGCCUCAACGCCAGGAUCAACUACAGAGCGCCGACACUCAGAACGAAGCGCGGCCUGAACAGGGAGAAAUACUCGCCAGGCUUCGAUGAUUCCUACUCAGAGUGCGGCACGAUGACACCAAAUUCGAUCGUCUCGUGUAAUCCACGAAUUGACUUUGGCCGGAAGAAUUCUACUAACUCAAUGACGUCGUCAAUCACGAGCGAAAGCGGCUUCUCGGACAAGUACGAUCCAUUUGUGUCUGCUAAGCGGCAAUUGGAGGAGCUCUUCUCACCCUCACAGCCCACAAAGACCACGCCGACGGUCAGGAAGUCUCCCGCCAAGACUCCUCAGUCGAAUGGCGCGAAAAGCAGCCUAAUCAGUCCGACAACGCAGCUGAAUCAGCUGAAAACCUCCAACUUCCGACGCACCUCCUCGCUGCGCAUGCCGAAGAAGACAUCUCCGCCCAAGACCUACUAUCCAUCGCGAGCUGUGGAAUCGAAGAUUCAGCGCGGCAUCUCAGACGAGGGUCCGAUCAGUUCGAACUUCGUCAAGCCCGAAGACUAUGACGAAAUGCCCGUGCGGUCGGUUUAUGCGACGGACUUCAGCAGUGGCCGCAAGACGCCGCAGACGCCCUCAACGCCGGCCAGUCGCAGAAAUCUGAAGUUGGACCUGAAGAAGCCCAAUCGUCCCUCAAAUGACUUUCCCAUCGCCAAGACGGACUCCCUGGCGGUCUUUCUCAACUACGAGCGAGAUCUCAGCGUGGCGCCGUCAAUGUCCGAGAAGGAGCUGAAGGACAAGAGCAACAGCCUGCGAUCGCAGCAGAAGACGCCAGCAGACUCCCCGGAAGUGGCGGACAUUCAGAUCCGUCCGCUGCGAUUGGCGCCACUGGAGAAGCCGCCGAAGCUCACGCCGAUCACGCUGGAUCAGAUCCUUAAGCCGCACGAGAAGAUGGACAGCGGCACGUUUAUCGAUCCAAAGCUGAUAAAUCUGUGUGAUAAUCUGUCGUUGAAUGUGGGCAAGUUGUCUUCGGACUCCUCCGAGACCGUGAGCAGCAGCGGAUCGCGCGAGACGAUGAAGUCACCCUCCAAAGUUCCAGAUAAUCGCGUCCAGAGCAACAACCAAAGAAACACCUGUGCGGAGAAGAAGAAUUCACACUUGAGGCGCCAAGUGAAGCUGGACAGGAACAAUAUCCUCUUCGAUGCCCCCAAGAGCACCCCAGCAGACGCUCCAGAUCCCUACAGUGAUGCCUAUGAUCAGACCAUCGAGCUGAUGGAUGCGGAGCCGCGGAAAAUUCCAGCCAACUUCGAUGAGCUCUUCAAUGAUUUCGACUUUGAGGAGUUCCUCACGUCCUUCGAGGACGACGAGCAGUUCCCCAUCUUCAGGGACUACAAGGAGUUGAUGCUGAGCAGACAGAGACGCGUGAAGGACAAGGCAGAUGAUCACUGUCUGGCCAGAUCGCCGCCACAGGAGAAGACGGACAAGCGUGAGGCACCAUCGCAGUCCAAAGAAGAGCAAAAGAAGCAGGAAGUCGCCGAGGCGACCGAGGAAGACGUGAGCAGCCCAGAAGUACCCUCGCCGAUGGAGCCCAUCGACACGAACUACGCCGAGAAGGCGAAAUCCGCCACGACGCCGAAGCGCGACAGCUUCGAAGAGGCUGAACACCAGCUGCUGCAGAGCGUCCGGGAGCUGGAUCUCAUGUGCACGCCCGAGGAGGAGGAGGCCAAGUCUCUGCCGGCGCCGCAGCUCUGCAAAUUCUGCCACGAGUGCGGCUCGCGCUUCCCCGUGGAAACGGCCAAGUUCUGCAUGGAAUGUGGCGUGCGGCGGAUCGUUAUGUGAAUUUAAACAUCUUU